AUGGAAAAAUCAAAGAACUUCAGGAUCGACGCCCUUCUGGCUGAAGAACCACAUCGGGGGACCCGAGAAGCAUCACCUGGACUGAGCAGCGACAGCCCGACGGGUAGCCCGGGGUCCUGCAGGCGCGCCGACACUCCGUCCCCCCGCGGGACCCCGGGUGCCAUACACCUCCAAACCGGAAUCAUACCUAAACCAGGGCUGCUCAAUCUUCCACACCAGGGACUCACUUCACUUCCAGGCAUGUACACAACGCCCAUGUACCCUAUUUCAGCUUUGGGAGGUCAGCACCCUGCCUUGGCGUACUCGGGUUUUACGCAGCUGUAUCCGGAGCAGCUGAAGUCAGCGGCAAUGGCCGGAUCUUUACCACUGGAGCACUGGAUACGAGCUGGCAUCAUGGUACCACGAAUGCCCGAUUACACCUCGUCCCCCCAGUCUGGUUUGAUGGGUAAAUGCCGUAGGCCGCGGACAGCAUUCACCAGUCAACAACUACUGGAGCUGGAAAACCAGUUUAAACUUAACAAGUACCUUUCCAGACCCAAACGCUUCGAAGUGGCCUCAUCGCUCAUGCUGACUGAGACACAGGUCAAGAUCUGGUUCCAGAACCGUCGAAUGAAGUGGAAACGGAGUCGUAAGGCUAAAGAACAGGCCGCGCAGGUCGAGGUCAAACGUCAAUGCGGGGGAACCAAAUCGACCAAUGAGAGGCCAGGAAGGGAUGGCCGCAGGGUCAUCGCUCAGAGUGUGGAGGAGCACGAGGAAGAGGACGAUCUUGAGGAGGAGGAUGAGGAAGAUGAGGAAGAAGGGCAACACAAAUUCAUAAACGACAACCUUAAUGUACCACGUUGCACAGACUUUCUGCACCACACGUCUGCAUUAGGAUACCACCCCGACAGCCCGUUCUCUGAGGAUGACAUGGAGGAGGUGGGAGGAAGUGAUAGGAAGAUUGGGGCAGGGUUAUGAAAAGAUAUCCAUAUGGAAACUGAGACUGCAUAACCUCACAGCAGCAUUACAGUCCUGUGCUGUGGUCUGACUAUGGCAACAGUAAAAUUAAAGAAACAAGACUAUAAAAGCCAACCCUUUAGCCACCAAAAGACACAUGAAAAGCCAUC